AAAGCACUGAUUAUUUUGGUGGUGAAUUAAAUGCAACAUAAAGAUCUGAAGGGAAAGAAAGACAUACACAGAGCAAAUCAAGCUGAAGUGCUUUCCCAAUAUUGAUACAUAUUGCUGCAAGUCAACAAAAUGGAAUUGUCAGAGACAAACGAUGGGGCUCCAAAGAAGCAACACAAAUACUUGCAAAGUUUGAAAACGAUGAUUCCUAUUCGUCCAAAACCAAAGAAUCCAUCUCCUGACCCAGUAGAUGAUGCUGGGCUAUUUUCAUUCAUCACUUUCCAGUGGCUGACGCCAAUGAUGAUGAAGGCAUCCAGAAAGAAACUGAAUCAAGAUACAAUUCCUCCCCUCUCCAAGUUCAGCUGUUCAGAUGUCAAUGCCAAAAGAUUUUUGCAUCUUUGGGAGAAAGAAGUGGAAAGAGUUGGCAAUAAAAAAGCUUCUUUGGAAAAAGUUACUGUACAGUUUCAACGAACAAGGCUUAUUAUGAAUAUAAUAUGUACAGUUAUUUGUAUGACUUGUGCUUUCUUGGGACCGGCAGUGCUGACUCAUGCUAUACUCCAACAUGUUGAAGAAAAGUCAGAAAAUCUUGUUUAUGGAAUUGGUCUGUGCUUUGCACUAUUUAUAACAGAGUUUUUUAAAACCAUGUUCUUCUCAGCAUUAUGGGCUAUCAACUAUCAGACUGGUAUCCGAUUAAAAAGUGCCAUCUCUACAUCAGCAUUCAUUAAGCUGGUUCAUCUUAAAAGUUUAAACAACAAUUCCAUUGGUGAGGUUAUGAACCUCCUGUCAAAUGAUGGUCAUCGACUAUUUGAAGCUGCUUUGUUUUGUCCUCUUAUAUUUGGUACUCCAGUGUUGCUGAUCAGUUGCACAAUAUAUUGCUAUGUUUUACUUGGACCUACAUCAUUAUUGGGAAUUGUUGCUUAUAUUUUAUUAAUGCCCUUUCAGAUGUUAAUGGCACGAUUAACCACGGCAUUUCGAGGUAAAGCCAUUGGGCAGACAGAUACUCGUGUGCGAUUAAUGAAUGAAGUAUUGACGCAUAUAAAACUAAUAAAAAUGUACGCAUGGGAAAAAUCAUUUGCUCAUUCUAUAAGUGAUGUGCGGAAAAAUGAACAAAAGAUUUUAGAAAAAGCAGGAUACGUACAGAGUGUAAAUUCUUCACUUGCCCCAAUUGUACCAACAUUGGCCACUGUCCUCACAUUCGUUGUGCACACACUUUUGGGAUAUGAGUUGACAGCAUCUGUGGCAUUCACUGUGAUCGCAGUUUUCAAUGUAAUGAAAUUCACUUUGGCCACUCUGCCCUUUUCAGUUAAAGGAUUUGCAGAGGCCAGGGUUUCUUUAAAAAGAUUAAAGAAAAUGUUGGUCAUGGAAAAUCCUGAGGUAUAUGUGAAAACUUUGCAAGACUCACCUUAUGCAGUGCUGAUGGAAAAUGCAUCACUUUCAUGGAACAAUGUAAAUGGAAGUGAAGGAGAAUCUGAUCCUGUUGACAAAGUCUCAAAAAGAAAAGAUGGCUUUAAUACAAAUAAAAUAAAUGAGCCCAAUAUUAAUGGUGAAGUACUAGAAGUUACCCCUAAAGCAUUAACGAUUCUUCAUAAUCUUAGCUUCUGUUUGGAGAAGGGAUUGCUUUUAGGAGUUUGUGGAAAUGUAGGAAGUGGAAAAAGCUCUUUAAUAUCUGCUGUGCUAGGACAGAUGAAUUUGCAUAAUGGAAUUGUAGCUGUCAAUGGAUCACUGGCCUUUGUGUCCCAACAAGCUUGGAUAUUUCAUGGGACUAUCAGAGAAAACAUAUUAUUUGGAAAGAUGUUUGAUGAGGAACGGUAUGAGAAGGUGGUUGAAGUCUGCAGUCUUGAACAGGAUCUGGCUAUGCUGCCCUUUGGAGAUUUAACUGAAGUGGGAGAAAGGGGCAUCAACCUAUCAGGUGGACAGAAGCAGCGAGUCAGCAUUGCUCGUGCUGUGUACUCAGACCAAGAUAUUUAUCUACUGGAUGAUCCCUUGUCGGCUGUGGAUGCCCAUGUCGGGAUGCACAUCUUUGAGCAGUGUGUCAAAAAGGCACUCAGAGAGAAAACUGUGAUUCUAGUCACUCAUCAGCUGCAGUACUUGGAGCACUGUGAUGAAAUCCUUUUAUUGGAAGAUGGAAAAAUCAAGGAAAAAGGAAAGCAUGAGACACUAAUGAAAGAAAAUGGACACUAUGCCAACCUGAUCAGUAAUUACCAAAUGAACCAACCAAAUGAAUCAGAAAAUAACAAAACAAUAUCAUUAAGUUCAGAAAAAGGAAACCUAGAUGGAACUUACCUCUCCAAUACAAGACUACAAGGCUUGGACAAUGCUGCAUUUGAUAUGACUGAUGAGAAAAAUGUUGCAACAGAAGAAAAUAUUGAGAAUGCAAAGGUCAUGCAGCGGGAAGGAAAUCCUGAAAAAGCACCAAAAGCACAGCUUAUACAGGAAGAAGAAAAACAGACAGGCUCAGUACCGGGGAAAACCUACCACCAGUAUAUCAUGGCAGGGGGAGGAUAUGUUUUAUUUCUAUUUGUUUUCUUCCUGUUCAUCCUUAUGUUCAGCUGUACAACUUUUAGUGGAUGGUGGUUAAGUUAUUGGAUAUCAGAGGGAUCUGGGGCUGACUGUAUUGCACAAAGGAAUAACACCUCAGCACUGGACUGCACCAGCAUCACCAACAAUCCCCGCCUUGAAUUCUACCAACUGAUCUAUGGAAUAUCCAUUGUCGUUGUAAUCGUUCUGAGUGUCAUUAAAGGAUUUUUUUUUACUAAAUUUGUUUUGAAGGCGUCUUCUACCCUACAUGACAAUGUAUUUUAUAAGAUCUUACACUGUCCAAUGAAGUUCUUUGAUACCACCCCAGCUGGAAGGAUUAUCAACCGUUUCUCCAAAGACAUGGAUGAAGUGGAUGUUAGACUACCUUUUCAAGCAGAGAAUUUCCUCCAACAGGUGGUGAUGGUAACCUUCACAAUAGUAACCCUGGCAGUAGUGUUUCCAUACCUACUCAUCGCAGUGGCAAUCAUAGCUACAAUAUUUGUAUUAUUUUUCAGACGCUUUCGAAAUAGUAUCAGAGAAUUGAAAAGAAUAGAAAAUAUUAGCAGAUCCCCCUGGUUCUCUCACAUCACUUCAAGUAUUCAAGGUCUGAGCACAAUACAUGCCUAUAAUAAAACAAACGAUUUUAUUGAACGAUUUAAAGACUUAGGUGAUAAGAAUUCUAGCCAUUUGUUACUGUUCCAUUGUUCCAUGCGAUGGGUCGCCGUGAGAAUCGAUUUCCUCACAGCUCUCAUAACUCUUACUGUGGGUCUCUUUGUCAUCCUAAGUCCUGACUCAAUUCCUGCAUCAAAUAAGGGUCUUGCUUUAUCAUAUGCUAUUCAGCUGACAGGAUUGUUCCAAAUGUGCAUACGAAUGGGAAUUGAAACAGAAUCCAGAUUCUUAUCUGUAGAACGAAUAAUGGAAUACAUACUGACUGGUAUUUCAGAAACUCCACUUCAUGCUAUAAAGUCAAAUGUUCCCAAAAACUGGCCAAAUUGUGGUGCAAUCACAUUUAAGAAUUAUCAGAUGAAAUACAGAGAAAAUACUCCAAUAGUCCUAAAGGGACUGAAUUUAAAUAUUGAUCCUCAGGAAAAAAUUGGAAUUGUUGGAAGAACAGGAUCUGGAAAGUCGUCAUUGAGUGUUGCAUUGUUCAGACUGGUUGAACCAGUUACGGGAACAAUCCUGAUUGACAACAUUGAUAUUUGCACUGUUGCUCUGGAAGAUCUGCGAAGUAAACUUUCAGUCAUUCCACAAGAUCCAGUUUUGUUUGUUGGUACAGUGAGGUACAACUUAGACCCUUUUGGGAAGCACAAAGAAGAUGCAAUUUGGGAUGCUCUCGAAAGGACUUACAUGAAGGAUGUUGUGACAAAGCUUCCAAAGAAACUGGAAUCAGAGGUGGUUGAAAAUGGAGAAAAUUUCUCUGUUGGUGAACGUCAGUUACUCUGCAUGGCAAGAGCACUCCUGAGGAAUUCAAAGAUAAUAAUAUUGGAUGAAGCUACAGCCUCUAUUGAUUCAGAAACAGAUUCAUUGGUUCAGCACACCAUCAGAGAAGCAUUCAAAGACUGCACAAUACUAACAAUUGCACAUCGAAUAAACACAGUUCUGGAAUGUGACAGGAUUCUAGUUAUGGAUAACGGAAAGGUUGUGGAAUUUAACACACCAGCUGUGCUGGUACAGGAUCAGAAUUCAAUUUUUACAUCAAUGCUGGCUGCAUCCAACAAAAUGAGGUCAUAGAUAUGCAGAGAUAAUUCAAAUCGUUGGUCCUAACUUCUACUGAAAGAUAUUUUGAUUAGAUCAGAAGAUUGACUCAAAGGACUUUGGAUAUAAAUGUUCUUAUGGAGCUGAAUGCAUUUAUUUGAA